CUGGCACCCUUCCCAUUAUAUACAAACACGUCAUGAAAUAAAUGUCCUUACCUCUUCACUUCAUUAAACCACCUCCGGUCUCAUCUCAUCUAGAAAAGAGAACCAUCUCUUAUCAUCAUUUAACAUGUCGCUUGCAGCAUUCAGGAAAACACCCGAGCACGAGGACUUCGCCAAGUUGGCAGACGAUCACAUCAAGCACGACCUGAACGAUUCGGACCGCGACGUUCUCCAGGAGGCCGCAUCCAAGGCCUCUCUCCUGGCCAUCCUUGGUACUGUCGUUGGUCUGGGUCUCGGUGCCUAUGCCGCUUUCAGACUACGUAAGAUGCGCACAGGCAUGUUCCAGGCGUUUCGCGCGACUGAGAAACCCAUACGCGUAGUCUUCUCUGGCGGCAGGACUGAGUCUAUCCCUGAUAUCACCCCAUACCUGCGACCUUCUCGCUUUGGUGAUAUCGCCACGUACUUCUUCUUCAGUCUAGGCGGAAUCGUUCUUGGGGGUGAGCUUGGUUUCUGGCUGGGUACUUGGUCAGCUGCGAGGGCCAUUGCGAAGGACCCACAGAGGAAGAAGCGUAUCGAAACGGCCUACCGGAAGUUUAAGGCCGAUUAUCUUCGUUAUGAAGCCCAGCGACUUGAUCAAGGUGGUCCUGUGUUUUAAGGGGUUCCAGAGCCAAGAAUACGGCAGGUUUCAAACGAUUGUUACAGCUAUAUCUUUUGAGACG